GUGAACUGUGAAAACGUAAAGUAAAACUUAAAACUGUUGUCGUCUAUUGUGGCACCACUAACUAUCCUAAUUUGAUAUUGAUUUUUUUUUUAAAUUGUGUUGACUGUUGUAAUGAUUGUAAAUCUAUAGUGUGAUUUAAAGAGUACCCUUCUGAUACUGUACCAUUGUGCUGUAUCAUUGUAUUUUUGGAGAUGACGAAUAUAGAGAAAAACCCAGUUCGUGUAUGGUGUGACGGCUGCUAUGACAUGGUGCACUUUGGCCAUGCCAAUUCAUUGCGUCAAGCAAAGCAACUAGGGGAUUAUUUGAUUGUUGGAAUACAUACUGAUGAAGAAAUCACAAAACAUAAAGGACCACCAGUCUUUACACAGGAAGAAAGAUACAAGAUGAUCCGUGGCAUCAAGUGGGUGGACGAGGUAGUGGAAGGAGCUCCGUACAUUACUACUCUGGAGACACUAGACAAGUACCACUGUGAUUUCUGUGUACAUGGAGAUGAUAUUACAACAACAGCCGAUGGAGUGGAUUGUUAUCAUCUAGUUAAAGCGGCUGGAAGAUACAAAGAAGUGAAGAGAACCGCAGGAGUGUCAACAACGGACGUUGUUGGUCGGAUGUUGCUGAUGACGAGGCAGCAUUUCCGCAGGGGCGCCCAGGAGUAUGAGGUGGGCCGUGAACCGUCGUCUGCGCUGGGGCUGGAUGCGACUGCUCGCUCUCCGUGGACUGGCUGUUCACAGUUCCUCCCCACCACACAGAAGAUCAUCCAGUUCAGCGAGGGAAAGGAACCGAAGGUAUACCUAACCACCUGUACCCUACCCCCUCCUGUCCAAGUCAAGCCAGGAGACAAGAUAGUGUAUGUUGCCGGAGCCUUUGAUCUGUUCCAUGUUGGCCAUCUGGACUUCCUCCAACAGGCAGCCGCGCAGGGUGACUUCCUGAUUGUUGGACUGCACACGGACCCUGUGGUAAACAGGUACAAGGGCAGCAACUUCCCCAUCAUGAACCUACAUGAGAGAGUGCUCAGUGUGUUGGCCUGCAAGUAUGUUUCGGAAGUGGUGAUCGGUGCACCCUACACUGUGACUGAGGAGCUGAUGAACCAUUUCCACGUGGACCUUGUGUGCCACGGGAAGACUCCCAUCAUGCCUGAUGAGGACGGUGUGGACCCGUACAAGGUGCCCAAGGACAAGGGACGCUUCAUGGCUCUGGACUCUCGUAAUCUCAUGACAACCGAGAAAAUUGUGGACAGAAUCAUCCGUCACAGGAUUGAUUAUGAAGAGAGGAACAGAAAGAAAGAAGUGAAGGAGAUUAAGAUGCUGGAAGCUUUAUCCAAAGUCAAGAUAAUCGGAAGUUCGUAGCGAGCUUUCUACUAACAACGACUCUCGUCACUUGUUUCCCACCAAAGUUUAGUAAUUAAUCCAUUCCAGUUUAGUACGUUAGAUGAACCGAAGCCAGAGAUCAACACAAUAUGUUUAGUGUGUUGACUUGAAAGAUCAAAUAUCAAUUUGUAAAUUUGGUUUACUAUGGUUAUUGUUUUACUCCUUUAUUUUUAUAUGAAAAUUUGAAAUUUCGAUAUAACUUUGUUAUUUAGUGCCAAAUUCAAAUUGUUUUGAGAAUCAGAGCUUAUUAAUACCAUUUAUUUAUUGUGUUAUGUAUAAAUGUACAUUAGUUUGAAUAAAUAAUGUAUUUUAUUGUUUUCUAUUAUGUUUGUAUAUAUUUAUGGUUUAUGAGCAGGGUGGAAUUUUGCCAAACUAUUGGUAACUAUUUACUUUGUUAUAUUUGCUAUUAUUAUGUUUUAGAGAAUUUACAUAGUAAAUAUAUAUUUUUUAAUUGUAGGAAGUAAAAAUUAAAUUUGAUUGUCUUGUUUUUACAUUACUAAAAUAUUUUCUGCUUAAGCUAUAAAACGAUGGUUUAACAUCCACACAAUUAAACAUGGCCAAUUAAUUGAUAUAAAGAGAUAUAAAUUAGAAAAUAAUAUAUGUUCUUAGAAAUCGUACAAAAUUUACAAUUAGGAAAUAAUGAUUAUAUAUGUCAAGUUUUAGCUUAGUUUUUCUAAACUCAAUUCCUGCUUCUUUAUGUUGUAAUCAAUUUUUAAUUGUAGGUUAUUUAGUACCUAGAUUAUAAUAGAUUUUUAUUUUGAAUGAAGCUUUAGUGAAAGAUAAACCAUGUUUUAUCACUGAACUGUUGAAUGAAUUAUACAAUUUGUACUUAGUACUAUUCUAAACUUUGUCAAUCAAAAUAGAUGCGAUUGUUAUAUUAUAAAUUUUGUGAUAACUCAACCGUAGGUGAACGAGAAUUGUAAGGGAUCUAGUCACUUUGGUGAUAUUGUAAUUAAUAGUUCACUUAUGUACAUUUGCAGUACACAAACUAGAGCCUGUUUUUUUCAUUCUAGUGCAUGAAUUUUAGUCCUUAAGUGUUUCA